UUUUAAUAGUGACAAUAGUGUUUUAUAGACAUUACAGUAAUUAAUUUAGAUUGUAUACUGUGUGCUGUGAAGUAAUGAGUAAUUUGAGUGCAAUGUCGCUGGCGGACCUUGUGGCCGGGAGGGGCUACGUUAAGGCCAAAAUUUCAAGAACUUGUAACUCAGUGAAGAUAACUGAUUCAAAUGAGAUGUUACUAAAUCAAAAAACUAGAUUAUUAGAAGCAUUCAAAGAAUAUGAAGAUUACAACAUAAACAUACUAAAGUUAGAAUCUAAUGACACUGAACCUAUUGAGGAAUAUGAAAAUAAAUACUUAAAUGCAUUAACAAUUAUUGACGAAGAAAUCAACAGACGCAAUGCCCACUCUCCCUCCACGAGGCCCGAACAGGUGGUAAAAUUGCACCAGCCUAUCAAGUUACCACCCAUAGACAUACCUUGCUUUAGUGAUGCCUACACAGCCAGAGCAUAUCACAUGGAGCGGGACGCUGGCACAGACCCAACAAUGGAAGGCUUCCUUGACUACCUAGAGAGGCGUGCACUGGCCUUAGAAAAUGCUGAACCAGGGACAUCGGGACAACCUCGCUACUUGCCUGCUAAUAAGACUGUACUAAUAGCAACUGAAAAAACGCUGCAGUGUGAUUUAUGCAUUGAUACUAACGGGUCCAGCAUACCAGCCAUCGAGUCACCAGCAGGCGACUGGCAGCGAACAGGGGAAGAAUGCAGCUCGAUCGCAGUUUGAGCUGUCAACCCAGCCCACCAUAGUUAACACCCAAUUUGGUCACAUUAUCGGAGGUGGCCUAC